GUAUCAGAACAUGGAAUGUGCUCUCUCCUCUCUUGCAGACGCCGGCUGGGCCCCCACGUCUGCCUCUCGGGGUUCGGGAGUGGCUGCUGCCCAGGCUGGGCGCCCUCCAUGGGCAGUGGGCACUGCACCCUUCCCCUCUGCUCCUUUGGCUGCGGGCGUGGCAUCUGCAUCGCUCCCAACGUCUGCUCCUGCCAGGAUGGCGAGCAAGGGGCCACCUGCCCAGACACGGACGAAUGCCUGGGGACGCCCUGCCAGCAGCGAUGCAGGAACAGCAUCGGCAGCUACACCUGCUCCUGCAGGCCCGGCUUCCAUCUCCACGGCAACCGGCACUCCUGUGUAGAUGUCAACGAGUGUCGGAGGCCGCAGGAGCGGCGGGGCUGCCACCACGCCUGCCACAACACCGUGGGCAGCUUCCUGUGCACGUGCCGACCCGGCUUCAGGCUGCGGGCUGACCGGGUGUCCUGUGAAGCGUUCCCGACGGCCGUGCUGGCCCCAUCCGCCAUCCUGCAGCCCCCGCCCAACAUGCUGCUGCUGCCCGAGGCCAGCCGGCCGGCCCUCUCCCCGGGACACCCCCCUCCUGGGGCUCCCGGGCCCCCAGCGGGAGUCCGGACCACCUGCCCGCCCGCUCACACCUCUGCACUACCAGCAGCCUCCCCUUCCGUCCUGGCAAGGCUGCCGUCCACCCCAAUGGCCACCCCAGUGCCUAGCAUCCCCCUGUUCAGGACCCUCAGACCUUCCUCACAACCGCAGGAGAAGGGGGUUAUCCCUUCCUUGCCCAGGAGCCCCACAGCCCCACAGCCCACACAGGGGCCCUCUGCCUGCUGGCAUCUGGGAGCCAUGCACGACUCGGGGAGCCACUGGACAGAGCCCGGGUGUUCCCAGUGCUGGUGCGAGGACGGGCAGGUGACCUGUGAGGAGGCGACGUGUGAAGCUGCUUGUUCCCACCCGAUCCCCUCCGGAGACGGGGGGUGCUGUCCGUCCUGUACAGGCUGUUUCCACGGUGGCGUCAUCAGAGCCGAGGGGGCCGUGUUUUCCCCUCCCGCGGAGAACUGCACCGUCUGCGUCUGCCUGGCUGGAAAUGUGUCCUGCAUCUCCCCCGAGUGUCCUCCCGGCCCCUGUGAGACCUCCCCGGAGUCGGACUGCUGCACCUGUGCUCCAGGGAGGUGCUACUUCCACGGCCGGUGGUAUGCAGACGGGGCCAUGUUCAGCGGGGAUGGCGACGCGUGUACCACCUGUGCCUGCCAGGAUGGGGAAGUGGAAUGUGCCUUCACACCGUGCCCGGAGCUGGACUGCCCCCGCGAGGAGUGGUGGCUGGGCCCUGGGCAGUGCUGCUUCACCUGCCGGGAGCCCGCGCCCAAGACAGGCUGCUCUCUCGACGACAACGGGGCCGAGUUUCCGGUGGGACAGAUCUGGUCUCCUGGUGACCCCUGUGAGUUGUGCAUCUGCCAGGCAGAUGGUUCCGUGAGCUGCAAGCGGACAGACUGCGUGGACUCGUGCCCUCACCCCAUCCGGAUCCCGGGACAGUGCUGCCCGGACUGUUCGGCAGGCUGCACCUACACGGGCAGGACCUUCCUCAACAACCAGACCUUCCCGUCGGUGCUGGACCCGUGCCUGAGCUGCAUCUGCCUGGUACGGCCCGGCCUGCCCGCCUCGGAACUCCCCGGGCUGCCCCCCCUCCUGACCCUGGAGCCAGAGGCCAGAGACCUCAGGAGCAAGGGCCUCUCCUCUGCCCCUGCAGACUGCAACUUCGAGGGAAGGAAGGUGGGGAACGGCCAGGUGUUCACCCUGGAUGACGAGCCCUGUACCCAGUGCACCUGCCAGGUGAGCUGCCCCUGCUGCUGGCCCUUGUCCCUCUGCCAAUGUCUGCUCUCCUCUCCUGACUGGUCCUCGCCGGGGCUCGAGGCCUCAGACGAGGAGGGGGCAGUGCCCAGAGCUGCCUCGGCUGUCGGAGAGCCACUGUGCCCGUUUGCCCCUCUCUCUAGAUUCCCCGGAGGACGGGCGGGGGCUGCCCCCUCCUGCAGACACGGCCCUGAGCCCCCGCUGGGGCCCCCGGCAGCCCAGCCUCAGCGGCCCACGCCCCACUUCCUCCAGCUCCUCCUGAGGACCAACGUGUCCAACCGGCAGACUUUACCCAGGAGCCAUUCGGGGGCCCAGGCCUCCCCCUUGCCCCCCGCGGGGCCCUCACCGGGGCCUCCCACCCCCCCAGGAGCCUCCUCUCUACCUCCCGCCUCUCCCGGGGCUCCUGCUACUCCAGAGCCUUUGGCCACAGUCUCUGGGGCCCACACGGUGUCCAGGUGGCCUGCUCUGCCCCCCGCCGUCCUGCCGGAGGCUCCAGUCCUCUCCACAGCAGACCCGAGCCCCCCAGAGGCCCCCGCCACCCUCCAUGGACUCUCCCCCGCCACCUCCGGACUUUCUGCUGCCCGUGUGGUGACCACCAGCCCUGGCACCCCCCAGCCCCCACCCAGGACCACGAGUGAAGAGGAGUCCGCAGGGUAAGGGGCCUCCAUGCAAAGCCACCCCGGAGACGCACCGAGGGAGCCGCUGGGGCCAGCGAGGGCCACUCCCCAGGGGCUUCUGGCCGUGGGACACGCUCGGGGCUGACAGCCUCGCCCCCCACCCCCUGGGGAGCGUUUGGGAAGCUGAGAACCAGCCUGUCCCGGCAGCGCCCUCCCCGAGGCCCCUCGUGUCUUUGGGGGAAGGCUGGGCUCCCCGCUCUGCAGGAGGAGGGUCAGCAGGCCCAGGUGCCACUGGGAUUGUCACCCGUGUGGCUGUCCCCCGAGGUUUCCGGAUUAAAGGCUGCCUCAGUC